AUGUACCCUCCUCCUCAGGGAGAAGGACUGUGAGGUGGAGACAGGGUAGGUUGGGACACAAAGUCCAGUUAAGUGUGUGUCCCAGCUCAGUGCUCUGAGCCCAGAUCCUCAUCUCCCCAGGUAGUGGGGCUCAGCACCGACAAGCCGAACUGCUGGGCUGCCGGUGUCCCCCAUGUUGGAACCUGAGUUGGAGAUUAUCUCCUAAGCAGAUACCCGCUUCCAAACUGGGGAUGUAGGGCUAGGAAACUAGAAAAUGCCAGGUCUGAGGGAGAGGAAAGAACAAGUCCAGCAAUACACAGAGCUCUGUGUAUUCAGAGGGAAGUUGGCAGGGUUGUGUUCGGGCAGAGAAACUCCGAGUGGUACAAAGGGGACGUGCCCAGAGUGGAGAAAUCAUGCUAAUUGUCUCCACUAGAGCUGGAGAACGCCAUCCAAAAUGAAGAGAGAAAGGGGAGCCCUGUCCAGAGCCUCCAGGGCCCUGCACCUCGCUCCUUUUGUCUACCUUCUUCUGAUCCAGACAGACCCCCUGGAGGGGGUGAACAUCACCAGCCCUGUGCGUCUGAUCCAUGGCACCGUGGGGAAGUCGGCUCUGCUUUCUGUGCAGUACAGCAGUACCAGCAGCGACAGGCCUGUAGUGAAGUGGCAGCUGAAGCGGGACAAGCCAGUGACCGUGGUGCAGUCCAUUGGCACGGAGGUCAUCGGCACCCUGCGGCCUGACUAUCGAGAUCGUAUCCGGCUCUUUGAAAAUGGCUCCCUGCUUCUCAGCGACCUGCAGCUGGCUGAUGAGGGCACCUAUGAGGUUGAGAUCUCCAUCACCGACGACACCUUCACUGGGGAAAAGACCAUCAACCUUACUGUAGAUGUGCCCAUUUCGAGGCCACAGGUGUUGGUGGCUUCAACCACUGUGCUGGAACUCAGCGAGGCCUUCACCUUGAACUGCUCACACGAGAAUGGCACCAAGCCCAGCUACACCUGGCUGAAGGACGGCAAGCCCCUCCUCAAUGACUCGAGAAUGCUCCUGUCCCCGGACCAAAAGGUGCUCACCAUCACCCGCGUGCUUAUGGAGGACGACGACCUGUACAGCUGCGUGGUAGAGAACCCCAUCAGCCAGGGUCGCAGCCUGCCUGUCAAGAUCACCGUAUACAGAAGAAGUUCCCUUUACAUCAUCUUGUCUACAGGAGGCAUCUUCCUCCUUGUGACCUUGGUGACAGUCUGUGCCUGCUGGAAACCUUCCAAAAGGAAACAGAAGAAGCUAGAGAAGCAAAACUCCCUGGAAUACAUGGAUCAGAAUGAUGACCGCCUGAAACCAGAAGCAGACACCCUCCCUCGAAGUGGUGAUCAGGAACGGAAAAACCCCAUGGCACUCUACAUCCUGAAGGACAAGGACUCCCCGGAGCCCGAGGAGAACCCGUCCCCGGAGCCUCGAAGCGCGACGGAGCCCGGCCCGCCCGGCUACUCCGUGUCGCCCGCAGUGCCCGGCCGCUCGCCAGGGCUGCCCAUCCGCUCCGCCCGCCGCUACCCGCGCUCCCCAGCGCGCUCCCCAGCCACCGGCCGGACGCACACGUCGCCGCCCCGGGCCCCGAGCUCGCCCGGCCGCUCGCGCAGCGCCUCGCGCACACUGCGGACUGCGGGCGUGCACAUAAUCCGCGAGCAAGACGAGGCCGGCCCGGUGGAGAUCAGCGCCUGAGCCGCCUCGGGACCCCCUGAGAGGCGCCCGCGGUCUGCGGCCAGCGGCCCGGGGGGAGGGCUGGGGCUGGGAAGCCGGGGCGCGGCGCACUAGGGGAUAGGGGAGGUCCCGGCGGGGCGCGGGUGUCUCGGGUGUGGACGCGUAUGAGCAUGCGCAGACGGAGGCGGGUGCGCGGAGGCGGCAGUGUUGAGGUGGUGAAACCAGGGAGCAUUUGCUUCCGAUUUACAGGCUGUGUUCUCACUUGGUAUAGGUUGUGCCCUAUUAGGACCACAUAGAUUAUUAAAUUUCUGGCCCAACACCCAAAAGCGUUUUAUGGAAACUAACAUCAGUAACCUAACCCGCCCGUGACUAUCCUGUGCUCUUCCCAGGGAGCUGUGUUGUUUCCCACCCGCCACCCUUCCCACUGAACAAAUGCCUGAGUGCUGGGGCACUUUUUUUUUUGGCAAGCUCAGAUUAGAGAGGCCACUUUCCCAAAAUCCACAGCUGCACGAAGCUAAGGAGAAGCCAGAUGCCGGUUACUGGGUGUGCAGGGGCUGUUCUGAGCUGGGGGAUCAUUGUGAAGGCCUUCUUCCCUGGGCACCUGGUACCUGGGGACCUACGAGGUGGUGAGGGAAGGGUACAAGUAUGUUUCUUUUCCCUCUGACCUAGGCCCUAGCAAGGGCAAAGAACCCGAACCUGCCAGCUUGGCCUCCUCCCAGAGCCUCCCUCAGAGGCAUGUCAUGCCAAGCAUUCUUUCUGUCUCUGUUCAUGAACAGAAGAGAUGGAUGGGCUUAUUCGUAUAGAGAAGUGAAUUCCACUUACUCCCCUGGCCCAGAAAACUAGACCAAGUGAGGAACUGUUUUAGCUCAUCUAACUUAUACAUUCGUCCUGGCUUCCUUACAAAACAAGCCUUUCAAACAAUCAUUGUCCUCAGGAAAGUUGUUGAGCUUCCUCCAGCUGUGAGAAUAAGUCCUAAUCUCCAGAAAAAUGGUGGGGGGAGGAGGAGGCUUAUUGCUUCCCAGCAUUUCAGGGGAACAUGAUCCAACCCCUGGCCUCCUGCCACCCCUCUGCCCUGCUCCCACAUGCUCGGGUCCCAGGGCACAGAACAAGGGCAGACUCCCUAAUCACACUAACAUCAAAAUAAAGAGACUGGGCCGCUGUGUAGCCAGGACAUGCCCAUGCCACCACCUAUUGAACAGUUCGUAGGAGUGGCAGUAAUCUACUGUGUCAGGAGAGAGGGCAAUUACCAAUCUGAAAGAGAAGGAGGCCCUCUGUGUAUUCCAUCCCCUCCCCCUUAAUGCCUCCAAGGGUCCCUGCAUCCCUGGCCCAUUCCCAACUUCCUAAACUCUAGCUCUGAUUCUCCAUCAUCCCAUGGAGCUAUUCCAAGGCCCCCGUUACCCAUCACCUACACACCAGGUCAAGUUUUGUCUCAGCCCCAGAAGCACUGACAUUUCUAGUUUGCCCCCUCUGCCCUUACCCCAACAGCAUGCCUGUCUCAGCUCCCUGUCCCUCGGCACUUCCCCAGGCUCAUUUGAGCAGGUGUGCCUUCGCAGUGCCCCUAAACUUCCCAGGUGCCUCAUCCAUAAUGAGAUAAUGAAUGUAGGGGAAAGUUUCUCAGGAAGGUGGAAGAGGCAGCAGGACUUGGAGAAGGAGUACCUGCUGGUCAGCCUUGAGAUGCACAGGUGAAGGUGAGGGUGAGAUGAGAGCAUGCUAUACCUGGUGCUGAAUCCCUGAGGGGCCAGCUUCCCAGGCUUAAGCCAAAUCUGCCUUAAAUUGGGGGUGGGGAGGGGUUAGUAAGGAAUUGGGGUUUGUUUGUUUGUUUUUGUGUUGUUUUCAUCUUCAUCUUUGUAUUACUAGCAUCCAGCAGAGUGCCUAGCACAUACUGGAUGCUCAAUAAACUUUUGAUGAAAUGAAAUGACAACUUUAUUCCACGUAAACAAGGGUAACAAAACAAGCUGCUUAAAUACACCAGUCAUUUCCCGUU